AUGGCAUGUAGUGUAUCAGUAACACUUAGCAACUUAUCCCCUCUUCGAGUGUGUCCAGAAAGGAGUUCCAGGAAAAAACAGGACAGACGUGUAUCCUCAUUCACUCCAAGGAAGAAGCAAGCAGACAGCCGGCAUACGUUCCCAAAGAAUGCCAGAAACCAGGCUGGCAACAGGUGCAAAGUCUGUUUAGAAAGUAACAAGGGUAACGAUAUGAGUCUCAAAAGGCAGUCAGCAAAGUAUAAGAGCGAUUACAACUAUUCCACCAAAGCAGCAGAACGGCCAGAGAACAUCAAAAAGAACCGUUAUAAAGAUAUAUUGCCAUUUGACCACUGCCGUGUGGAAUUAUCAUUGAUCACAUCAGAUGAAGAUACAGAUUUUAUAAAUGCCAGUUUCAUAAAGGGAGUUUAUUGCCCCAGGGCUUACAUCGCCACUCAAGGACCAUUGCCAAACACAGUAACUGACUUCUGGAGAAUGAUUUGGGAGUACAAUACUGGGGUUAUAGUCAUGGCUUGUAUGGAGUUUGAAAUGGGAAAGAAAAAGUGUGAGCGGUACUGGGCCGAGUUGGGACCCGAAGCGCUACAGUUCGGUCCAUUUAUCAUCACAUGUAAAUAUGAGGAGAAAAAAACUGAUUAUGUUAUCAGGACCCUGCAUGCAACAUAUGGCAAUGAAACACGAAUAGUCCACCAACUUCAUUAUAAGAAUUGGCCUGACCAUGAUGUACCUUCUUCAGUAGACCAUAUUUUAGAUCUCAUAAAAGACAUGCAUUUUUUCCAACAAGAUGACAACAUUCCGAUUUGCAUCCACUGCAGUGCUGGUUGUGGAAGAACAGGAGUUAUCUGUGUCAUCGAUUAUAUUUGGAGGCUUUUGAAAGAUGGGAUUAUACCUAUGAACUUCAGUAUUUAUUAUAUUAUCCAAGAAAUGAGAACUCAAAGGGCUUCACUUGUCCAAACAAAGGAACAAUAUGAGCUUGUUUAUAAUGCAGUGAUCCAUCUCUUCAAAAAGGAGCUGGGAAGAUGUGCUCAAUCAACAGCCAAUAAUGACACAGAGGUUGUUCCUGCUGUGCACCAGCAAACUUCAGAGACAGAGAGCAAUUUCUUCAGUGUGCCACGUGGUCUUGCAGAUAAAGACAGUGUUCUACAGCAGCAAUGUCUGAAAUCAAACACAGAAGAGACUUUUCAAAGUAUCAUGAGCUAUUCUGCUGCUACCUGCAAUCCAGGGGUAACAUCUUUCAAUAUGAUCAAGCCUUCCUCAUCUUCAGAUUCCCAUGAUGCUUUUGGUAGCACAAACCUAAGUAGCGCCAUUCCCCAACCACUUGAUCCAAUCAGAAUAUGGGAUGACAGGCCUUGUCCGUUACCUAGGACAUUACCACAGAAGUAUCAGCUUAUGGAUACUAAAAGUGUAACCUCCAGUGACUGGCAUCCAAGUCAGCAAGCUGCGGACAGGAAAGGUAACAGUGAGCACCCGCAGUUAAUACGUACCAAAUCUAGCCCAUUUGAGCUGCUACAAAAGAGACAUUCUCACAUACCGGAGCGGGCUCUUGAGAUGCAGUUUUUGGGUUCAAAAAAGUUUCUAAAUGAUGAAUCUCAGGUUCAUAAACAACUUUUUCCCUGGCAGAACACUGGCUCUUUGGGUAAUAUAAGUACUGUCCCCAGUUCCCAGUCUUAUGUACGUAUGACUGAAGAUCCUUACUUUACUCCAUCACCUGCUUCUGAUUUGGAGUCACAAAAGAUUGUUGAUUUUUUAAUGGACUACAAACCAUUACUUGUUCCUAAGAAUAGCCUAGAAAUGUCAUCAACUCUAUCAUCAAUCCCAUGCCAUACAAACAAAUCGUCUGGCCUUCUACUAGUAUCUGGGUCAGAAUUAACCAAUAGCAACAGCCAGAAUGAACACUGGCUCUUUGGUCACAAAAGAUUGUUGAUUUUUUUAAUGGACUACAAACCAUUACUUGUUCCUAAGAAUAGCCUAGAAAUGUCAUCAACUCUAUCAUCAAUCCCAUGCCAUACAAACAAAUCGUCUGGCCUUCUACUAGUAUCUGGGUCAGAAUUAACCAAUAGCAACAGCCAGAAUGGUAAGGAAUCUAUUGCCCCAGAUAAAAAUUCAGAAGCUCCGCCUCCAUUGCCAGAAAGGACCCCUGAAUCGUUUAUUGUACCUUAUGAAGCUGCAGAAUCACCACAGGAUUCAGUAAAACUGCAGCCACCUUCUAUGAAUUUAAGAAUUGGGACUUCAUUGGAAUGGAGUGGUGUGCCCCAAUGUGCGAAUGAUGAUUUUAAACACAUGAUGCGCAGUAAGAGUGUUAAAGUAAGAAGCUCCAGGCUGGAAAAAUCUCGGAAUAGGUCCCCUUCUCCCCCACCUUUACCUGAAAGAACAGAGGAUUCUUUUAUCAUUGCCGAGGAAUGGACCAACAUGGAAAACCAUAACCCUGCAAAAGACAGUCCUUCUCAAUUGAUGGAUGCCGAGAGCAUAGAAUCAAUGACAUCCUCAGAGACUGAAAAACUCAUGACAAGGAAAAAGAGUCUAAAAAUGUUACGGAAUGUGAAAAAAAAUAUAUGCAGUCCAGCAAAACAGUCAGAAUCAUCACAAUCAAGCAAUGCACUUUCAUUUCUGAAUUUCAAUUUUGGGAAGCGGUUUGCAAAACCAAAAGGACCCAGAAAUCCACCUGCAUCAUGGAACCUCUAAUUUUGUGAAAAUUCAAGAAGUGGCUUUUUCUAUAGUAACUUAUACAAAACUCUUAGCUGUUACUGUACAAGCAAUAUGUAACACAUUGAAGAUUUCUGAGGGUUUUUUUAUUUUCCCCAACUGCUGCAAGGCAUUAUGGUUAAAUGUACUGGACUUAUUCUGCUGUUUUCUGCACUUGUACAUUCAAACACAAAGAGGAGCGCUGGUUAACAAAAUAGGAGGUGUCUCUAUCAACCUAUAAGUAACCUGCUAAACAGUAUAAGUCCCUGUAAGCUAUUCGGUGUAGCAUUCAAUUAUUUAAACUAAAAAUCAUUGAAUAUAUAUAUCAAAUACACCAUAAAAUACAAUUAAAAAGAAAGCCAAUUUAUUACAUAAAAUACAGCAAAAUAUUCCGGAAAAAAUUAUAAAGAGUUACUCAAGCACAAACAUAUUACAAUUGUUACAAUGUAGUUACACAGAGAAUCUAGAUACAGCUAGACAAAAACUUCUUUGUGCAAUUUAGUUUAAUCCAAAGGGGCAUAUUUAUCAAGCUCCGAAUGGAGCUUGAUGCCCUGUGUUUCUGGCGAGUCUGCAGGCUCGCCAGAAACAGCAGUUAUGAACCAGCGGUCACAAAGACUAUGAGCAGGCGGACAGACAUCGCCGGAAAUCAACCCGAUCGAGUAUGACCGGGUUGAUUGACCACCCCCUGCUGGCGGCCCAUUGGCCGCGAGUCUGCAAGGGGCGGCGUAUAGCUCGCUGUAUUCAGCGAGGUCUGUCGGACCUGAUCCGCACUGUUGGAUCAGGUCCGACAGACCUUGAUAAAUAGAGGCCAAAGCCUCAAAAGAAUCCAGCAGCAGUUGUAUCUAGAGGCAAAAGGAGACAGUGGGUCCCAUUACAGGCGGUAAGGAGUUUAAAGAAAUGGUGUAUUCUAGUACUUACACCGGUUGUUUGCACUCCUGCUUUUAAGGAAUCCAAAAGUCUACAGGCAGCUUGAAAACCAAGGCGUCCACAACAAACAUGUCUGUAGUGGUAAAAUGUCCUUAGAGCUUGUUGUAAUUUAUAUUUUGUUUAGAGAGCCUUUGUAUAGAGCUCAGGUGAUUCUUGGAAGUGUGUGGGAUAGUUACUUUUUAACGGCUAUGGAUGUAUAGCAUUUAGCCUAUACCAAACACACAGAUCGUUGUAUUUCCCCUUCCUACACCUGCUCCUCUGGAUCAAAGUUUACAUUGCUUAAUGGAAUUGAGCAACGCGUUUCUGAGGUCUUGCUCCUUUCUCAAGCUCGAUUUCUGAGGGUUUUUUUUAUAUUCCCCAACUGCUGCAAGGCAUUAUGGUUAAAUGUACUGGACUUAUUUGUUUUGCCAUUUUCUGCACUUGUCAAUGCUUGAAAUAAACAAAAGAAAUUAACAUAAUGGUCAUGAAAUAGUUGGUUACUUGGACACCGUUUCACUGUUACAAGAUAUCAUUUAAGCAAAAAAACAAGAUAUCAAUUAAGCAAAAAAAAAAUAGAUAGAGUAAUAUAAAUACAAUUUUUUUUCUUAUUGAUGUCCUGCAAGGUAUUGUGUUUAGCUAGUUAACAAAACAAAUAUUUAUAAAUCAAUUUAUAUUUUAUGCAUAUGUUAUAACUCUUGUUUAUAUAGUAUUAAAUAUUUAUAUCGGACAUUAAA